AGGGCGCUAUGCAUCACAAUGGUAUUGGUUGACAGGGUUGCGUUCUAAAGAGCGUCGAUAUGAUUUAGAUUUAAACCUCAAAAAUUGUGGUUGGUUGUAAGCCAGAUUUGCACAUUAUAAGCCCCUUUUUUGUAAAGUCUCACCCAACUAGAGUUUCAGAAUGGCUGAUUGGAGCUUAUUACAAAGUGUAAAUGCCUCUAGUGCCAAAUUUUGUACUGGUGACAAUGUUGCUACGUGUCUAGCUAUAUUAUCUCAGGAAUUACAAGUUCAAGGCUUCCCACCUUUACCCAUUCAUAGUGGUGGUGAAACAGAUACAGUGGCACUUAUUAAUGCUCUUCACGAAAUACAAACUAGAUACCAAAAAGAAAGAAAUGUCAGAGAAGAACUUGAAAAUAGACAUCACAGACUUUGCGGAGACCUAGAACAUCAGAAAGGUGCAGUUACCAGAUCCAAACGGCAUCUAGAGCAAGCUAACAAAGAAUUAUUGGAGGGAACUGAAAAACUUAGACAAAUAACAAUUAAAUACAAACUUUUGUCCACUAAGUUAAAAACUGAAAAAGAAGAGGUGAAGAGGUUGAAUUUGGUGUUAAAAAGUCGAGACAUUAAAUAUAAACAUGAGAUAAAGAAAAAUGAACAAGACUUGGCUAAAUUAAAAGACAGAAUACAUCAACUAUUAAGUGAUAAAACACUAGAUAGAAAUAUAGGAUUAGAUAUGAUCAAUGUUUUACAAAGAGCUGAUGGUAAAAGAGGAACAUGGAAUACAAGAAGUGCUGGCAAACAAGAAGAAGAAAUGUAUCAGGGUAUGAUGGCAUGCUACGAAGAAAGACAUCAGGAAUUAAUGUGUGAAAAUACUCAAUUACGUGACUGUCUUUACACUUUGCAAAAAAAUCUGGCCUCCUUAAUAAAUCGUCCAGAUUUAUCAGAAACAGAAAUGUCUCCUUUAAAGAGAGCUUCCAGUAAUCAGUCCAUAUCCAUAGAAGAAGAAGAUGUUGUAGAACUGAGAAAUGGCAUCAAUAUUGAUGAACUCUCUGAUAAUGGGUAUUUUCAUCUUCCACUAGAAACCAUUCAAAGGGAUAUAGAAAAUAAAUUUAUAGACACUUGUGAAAAACUUAAAAAGAACUUGAACAUCAAGAGACAUGUGGGUACAGGUAUUGCUCAAGUAAAUCCUCCAUCUUCCAAACAGUUAAUGUUAACAGAUAACAAUGCUAUUGUAUCUAGUAAUAACAAUUCCUUGUCACCUACUAGACCUGAUCAAUUUCUACAGGUAACUAGUCUCCAACAUCAAGUUACAGUUUAUAAAGAUAUAAUACAAAAACAAGAAGAACUUCUACAUUUACAGGUAAAAGCAAAAGAACAAGAAAAUAUAGAAAGACAACAGAAACUUUUAGAUAGAGAAAAAUCUGAAAUAGAGGAAAAACGCAUCCAGUAUUCUCUUGCAUCAGCUGAACUUGAGAGACAGAGACAGAAGUUAGAGGAAGAAAAAUAUCUUAUUCUGCAACAAGAAUUUCUCAGUAUGUCUCCAUUUAAAGAUGAACAGAUUUCUCCACUAAAAGAAGAAACAUCUCUUACUGAUUUUCAAGAAAGAGAUAUGCCACAUGUACGUCUAUUACCAGCUACACCAGUAUUUUCUCCUGCUAAAAUUACUACUAAACAUAGAAAGUCUACAGACAUGUUGAGAGCCAGAAUAUCUAAUAUGUUUAAGUCUGAUUGUGUUAAUGAGAGAAAGAAAAUCAAAGAACAAGAACAUUCUGUAUCGCUUUCAUCUUCUGAUUUAUCUGCUGUUAGCACAGAAGAAACAUCAUCUACUUUACACAAUCUAACAGUUGAGCAGCUAGACAUUUUGAAACAAUCAAUAUUAUUGCAGUCUCUUUCUAAAGCUGCAAAAACUGAGUAAAUUCAUGAGAAACACACCUGAAUACAAUGAUGAAUAACCUCAUUUUGUGGAGUACACUAGUCAAGUACAAAAUGUAAUCGCAACAUCCAUGCCACAGACCUCAUCUGGUUUUCUGAUAUUAGAAAAGUAAUUAAUCCUGAUGGAAGAGAGUUAUUAAUAAUAGAAACACAUUACUGCACAUCAAGGGCAUGUAUGAUGAAUGUAAUUUAUACUGUGCAAAAGUCUGUAGACUUAUUUAUAGUAAUUCCAAUUGAUAAAAAAUUGCAAUUUUUCCAGCUUAUUGAUUUUAUAAUUUCUAUGAUUUGCUCUUUUUGAUCAUUUUUUAAACCUCCAUUUAUUAACCCUUUAUUUAUUAAACCUUUAAGCUUCUAAUUGAAAGUUUUGUGUUUUGAAUUUUAGUUUUGAUACUCCCAAUAGGAAUUUCAUCUAAAUACAGUUAUAAUUACCAUAAUGUUUAUUAGAAAUGCAUUCCAUUGUACAAAUUAUCGGGUGAUAAUCUGUAGGCCUACUUAUUAACAAAGUUCUUAAAGAUGCAUUAUGUAAGAUUUACAGUACAAGUCAGGGUUAAAUACGUCGGACCUGGGCGGAAAUGAAAAAUCGUGGGCUUCAGUUAAUCAAUCGCUCUGCCCACGCUCUAAAUUCCGUUCUAAAUUUCACAAUUUUCAUCAGAUUUUGAUGAAACUUGAAAUGUGUGUUUAUAACCCAAAGAUUUUGGAUAUUCGCGCAUAUCGGAUUAUGGCCCCUGAUUGUACAAAAAAUUGCAUUUUAAGCUUAUGGUCUCUCUAGUGCUCUAGAGAUAAAACUUUUUAUUCAAUUUAAAAAAAAACGUUCGAAUAUAUCACCGCUACACCAUAAUGAUGGUUUAUUCCUGUGUCCUGCUGUAAGCCACUAAUACACCUAGAACAAUUUGAAAUUCAAAGUGUGUGAAGUUCUUAUGUAUAAAUAACGACAAUAUGCUAUCUGUAACUCUUACAAAGACUAUUUUCAAAAUGAACUGGUCUUUAAAUGCUUAUUGAUGUGAUUUGAAUGCUUAUGAUUAUGUAUUAUUAUAAUAUUAAUAACAUGUAUUGUACUGUGAUGAUUAUAAUUAGUUUAAAUCAGUAGAAUAUCUUUUGAUCAAAGUGUGUUUAAAUAUACAAUUCAGGUUCUAAAAUUUAACUAGUUGUUGUAUGUACAAUGUACUAAAAUAGCUUUUUAUGAUAAUGUUCUUUUCAUUAUUAUAUAAUGUUUUGUUGCUUAUAUUGCCUGAUUUAGUCUGAAUUAAAGGGCAAAUCCCAAUUAUAUUUUGGUGAAUGAAACUGCUUAAUUUUGUGUUGAAAACCCUUAAAAUCCUCUAUCUUAGGGCUGAGCAACUAACUCAAUAUAUGUGAUACGUUUUCAAACAACUUAAACCGACCAGUCUUUAUCCGGUGCCCCAAACUGUAUUAUUCUGUGUCUGGAUAAAACCAGACUUUUAUUUUAUAACAAUAAGGUGAAGGUGAAAUUUACCUUUCUAUAUCAAGUACAGCACAUGGGCCCUGCAUUGUAUAAAGGAAUGGCAAUCGAUUAUCAGGUCGCCCAAUGAAAAAAUUGACCUGAAAUCUUAAAAGGGUUACGUGUCCGGAUGAGCAGUUUUGACGUUCACGUCCGAACGACUUAAUAUUUUGAUUUGACAUUUCGAGACAAGCUAAAUAUACACCAUUCCUCUAUAUUUUGGUGCUUAAAUUUCAUAUGUACACAGACUCUGUUCAAAUCGGGAUAGUCCCUUUAGGCUUAACUGUUGAUGAGUAUAUAAGGAACAUGAAGUUAGGGUUAUUAAUUGUUGCCAACUAGAAUAGUCAUGUUUCAGUCAUUUAAUAUAAUAAAUUGACUUUUACACCACCAGCUUGAGAUCUUUUUGUUUAGACUCCUUUAAGACCUAUUUAAAGGAGCUAAAUCGCUAAUAUUUGGGACUUAGAAAUUGACUCACAUAAUAAUAUAAUCUAAUUGUAUCUAAGCUGAUUUACAUUCAAUUGUUUCUGUUUUGACUCUUAAUUUCAAAUCAGUUAUGUCCAGCGAAAUACCGCAUGAGUCUCAACCGAAUGUCAAUUUCUAGCGUCUGGUUAUUCCAGUCUACUGCGCAUGCUCUCCAGAUAAGAUACAUGUAUGGCGUCACAGUUUGACACAUGUCUAGCCUCGUUCUUUCUGGUCACUUGUUACAAACGACUCUGAAACGCACUAUGGUACACGAUUCAUGUACCAAUGGUAAAAUGUUUAUUUUGUCUUAAAUAUUGGAUAUCAGAAGCCUACCUUUUCCCGGUAAGAUCACAACAUCAAUGUUGAUUUGAAUUGACAAAUAAUUCGUGUUUUCAAGGUGUAAGACUUUUGGUGAUAUUGAGUUAGAGACUUAGCUACUUUAAUUCUGAUAAAUGUCUUUUUUAUGAUAGCUUGUAUAUUUCUACAUAUUUUUGAAUCAAAGUUUGUUUUUUCUUCAAAAAUAAAAUGUAUUACAUUAUUAUCAAAAGCCUAUAAUUUUUUAUAAUUUGGGGAAAUUCAUUCCAUCCAUUCUGAUCUCACAAGAUAUUAAUAUAUUUUUGAUACAUAUAACAUUCUUAUGCUUUAUAUUGUUUUAUGUACAUGACUAAUAAUAAGAAAUAUAGUGACCUAACCAUCACCUUAGAAAACAGUUUAAUUUAUGUACUUGUUAUGUACUUUAAUUAUUUAUCAUUUGUGUAAUAAAACUACGUAUUUAAUUAUAUUAUUAUAGAAAUUAUUGUAGAGAGUUUAGCUUUAUUAAAAUAGCCGGUGCUAAUAUUGAUUUAUAAUAUGCAAAUAUAUGUUAUUAGUUUAGAUAUUAUGUUUUAUUGUUUUAAUGCCAAGUCUCCAGUGUGUAUAAUACAAUAAAUGAAUAUGUUUUGUAUUCUUUAUGAUAAAUCGGAACAAAUGUUUAAAUUGAAAGAACAAUAAUCAGAUUUUUGGCAAAAAUUUCCAAUUCCCAUAAUGACUGAUAGGUCAGUGUGUCCCCUCACAUCACAUACUGUAAAAGAUGAUAUGGUUAAAGCCGCUGAUCAUUAUUUGCUUUUUUCAGACAAUAUUUAAGUUUUAAUGACUUAAUCUGGACUGAAUUGUACUCAAAUUAAAAUAUCAGCUUGUCUUAAAUCUGAUUAAAAAGAGGCCAAUCAAGAGGUUUUAACCAACACUUAUAUGAGUUGCUGGCCUUUAUAUAGGAUCUGCAGAGGAUGCUGGAUUUUGAGACAUUUUCAGUUCAUCAUAUUUUUUGAACUGGUAUUCCUGUCAGAGAUUCAACUUUCAAAAUAUUGUAGUUUACAAGGGAUUCAAGAUAGAUCUAAUUCUAUCUUUAAAUUAGAAAUUUACUUGUAACAAAAUAAUAAUCCAUAUGAUUUAAUUAAGUUAAAUAAUAUUUAUUUGUAAAGGCACACAAGAAAUAUUGUUUGAUUAUUAUUUUAUAUUAAACAAAACUGCAUGCCUUUAUAUUGUAAAUUAGGGUACUGUCAUCAGAUAUAUCCAGAUUUGAUUUCUAUCCAGCCUGUAUUAAAUUGUAUCAUAUUUGUUGAAAUUUAUAAAGAAUAUGCAGUAAGUGCCUACUUCUAUAGCUUAUAAAUAUACAUGUGUAAAUGUAUGUCUCAAACUUGUGAGAAAUAGGUUUAUUUAACAUCAUCAUCCAUCACGGUGAUAUUGCAGAAAAAAUGUCUAGAAUUGCACUGCCUUUAUAUCAAUUUUUAUAUUGUGACUCUUUUAAAGUUUUAUAAUUGCAAGCUUUCCAGUCUUCUAAAGAUACCCUGUCAGAUUUGAAUGAAUCCAUUGUCUUCAUUUCAAUUAGAAUCACUUGAAUGGAUUUAAAAGACAACAACACAAACAAUAUAUCAGUACUAUAUUCUCUGAAAAGUUUUCUAUGUUGAAUAAAAUUUUGAGAGUUUUAUAGUUUUAAAAGUUUGAGCUACAAAUGUGAUAAGCUUGGUUUUAGCACAUAAAAGAUCCCUUGGCAGUUGGAAUUCGAUAUAAGAGUAGGCGAUAGUGCCACUGCCCGGGCAAAAUUUCCCUCAUAGCAUACUGUAUGGCUUAUGCCCGUCUUCAUUAGCCCAGUAUAGGAGCAGAACAGUAGAACGUUAAACCCCAUUUCAUUUCAUUUCAGCUUAGUUUUAAGGGGAAUGACAUGACUGUUUGCAUAUAUUUAAUAUUUAAUGUACAUUCAAAAUGAACGUUAUUCAAAAA